AUGUAUUUGAAAUAAUUCAGACGCAACUAACCUGUGAAUAAUAUAUUUAGAAUGAUUAAAAAUUUAGAUGUCAAUUAGAGGGGACUUAAGUAUUUUGAUAAUAUGACAAUAACUGGAUACCCAAUUAAACGAAUUUAAACUUUGAAAUCAAAGUUUGAUAUGAUAGAUUUUAAAUCAAAGAUUAUUGAUAACUUAGAAGUACAAAUUAGUGUGCCUAAUAAUAUUUAUAUCAAGGAAGGAUAUGAAAUUGUAUCUUAUCCUCGAAGGAUUAUUCUCAGUAAUGAAGAGUUUUUCCUUGUUGGCGAUUUCAUUUAUAAUUCAUAAACCUAAAUCUUAAGAUGUAACAAAAUUAAAGCUUUAUAGGAGAUGAAAAAUAUAGAUCUAAAUUAAAUAUUUAAACGGUUUUAUACAAAACAUGUACUUAAAUUACUAUUAAAAAUUGGAAUUAUAGCAUUAUGUUUAUGUAUGAUGUACAAGUUUGCAAAAAGGAUGCUUAUAUUUGAGAAUGGAUAAGUGAAUUAGAUUCUCAUAUCCAACUAGCAUAGAUAAUUAAAAUGCAAAAUUUGUAAGAAUCGAAAUUCAAAUAUAAUUGUAUUACCUUGUUAACAUUUGGUCGGCUGUCAGGAAUGCUACAGUCGUAGAUAUUUCUGUCCAAUUUGUAGAUCCUAUAUCCAAAGUAGACAAAAGAUAUUCAAUGAUUGA